AUGGAGCCACUUUGGGGUCUACUCCGGAGAGCGCAGCAGCUGUCCCCACGGCCCUCUCAGAGCAUCUACAGGCGCGUGGAGGGCCCCACACAAGGGCGCCUGGAGGAGGAAGAGGAAGAAGAAGAGGAAGAGCCUGAGUUGCCCACCCCUUUCUGCCCCAUGGAGCUGAAGGGUCCAGAGACCCUGGGUUCCAGAGAGGGGCAGCCUGGCGCCAUACCCUGGGCAGCAGUGGGACAAAGGGCUGCCCCCUAUCUGGUCCUUACAACACUUCUCAUCCUCACAGCAGCCUUCCUUCUGGGCUACGUGGUCUUCCGAGGGACCUGCCAGGCGUGUGGGGACUCCGUGUUGGUGGUCAACGAGGACGCUGGCUCUGAGCAAGGUCUGGACGUCCAUCGGGGCCCGCUGUACUGGAGCGACCUUCAGGCCAUGUUCUUGCGGCUGCUUGGGGAAGGGCACCUGGAGGACUCCAUCAGGCAGACCAGCCAUCAGGAACGCAUGGCCGGCUCCGCAGGGAUGGCUGCCCUGACCCGGGACAUCCUGGCAUCACUCUCCCGCCACAAGCUGGACCAUGUGUGGACUGACACACACUACGUGGGACUGCAGUUCCCGGACCCGGCGCACCCCAACACCCUGCAUUGGGUUGACACUGCUGGGAGAGCCAGGGAGCAGCUCCCAUUGGAGGACCCGGAUGCCUACUGUCCCUACAGUGCCACGGGCAAUGCCACGGGAGAACUGGUGUAUGCCCACUAUGGGCGCCCAGAGGACCUACAGGACCUGAGGGCCAGGGGCGUGGAGCCUGUCGGUCGCCUCCUCCUGGUGCGCGUGGGGGUCACCAGUUUCGCCCAGAAGGUGGCCAGCGCCCAGGCCUUUGGGGCCCGAGGAGUGCUCAUAUACCCGGACCCUGCCGACUUCUCCCAGGAUGGCCACAAGCUAGGCCUGGCCAGCCACCGCGCUGUGUAUGGACACGUGCACCUGGGAACUGGGGACCCCUACACGCCUGGCUUCCCUUCCUUCAACCAAACCCAGUUCCCUCCAGUGGAGUCCUCAGGCCUCCCUAGUAUCCCAGCCCAGCCCAUCAGUGGAGACAUCGCUUCUCGUCUGCUGGGGAAGCUCAGAGGUCCUGUGGCCCCCCAGGAGUGGCAGGGGCAUCUCCCAGGCUCCCCUUAUCGCCUGGGCCCUGGGCCAGCCCUGCUCCUUCAGGUCAACAACCACAAGGCCUCCACCCCCAUUAACAACAUCUUCGGCUGCAUCGAGGGUGUCUCUGAGCCAGAUCACUACGUUGUCAUCGGGGCCCAGAGGGACGCCUGGGGCCCAGGAGCAGCCCGGUCAGCCGUGGGCACCUCCAUCCUUCUGGAGCUGGUGCGGACCUUCUCCUCCAUGGUGAGCAACGGCUUCCGGCCCCGGAGAAGUCUUCUCUUCAUCAGCUGGGAUGGGGGUGACUUUGGAAGUGUGGGCUCCACGGAGUGGCUGGAGGGUUACCUGAGUGUGCUGCACCUUAAGGCUGUGGCCUAUGUGAGCCUGGAUGAUGCGGUGAUGGGAGAUGACAGAUUCCACGCUAAGACCAGCCCCGUUCUGAUCAGCCUCAUUGAGAACAUCCUGAAACAGGUGGACUCCCCGAACCACAGUGGGCAGACCCUGUAUGAGCAGGUGGUGUUCACCAAUCCCAGCUGGGAUGCAGAGGUGAUCAGGCCCCUGCCCAUGGACAGUAGCGCCUACUCCUUCACGGCCUUCGCGGGGGUCCCAGCCGUCGAGUUCUCCUUCCUGGAGGAGGACCAGGUUUACCCGUUCCUGCACACGAAGGAGGACACCUACGAGAAUCUGCACCAGAUGUUGCGAGGCCGCCUGCCCGCCGUAGCCCAGGCUGUGGCCCAGCUCGCGGGGCUGCUCCUCAUGAGGCUCAGCCACGACCACCUGCUGCCCCUCGACUUCGGCCGCUAUGGGGACGUGGUCCUCAGGCACAUCGGCAACCUCAAUGAGUUCUCCGGGGACCUCAAGGCCCGCGGGCUGACCCUGCAGUGGGUGUACUCGGCGCGAGGGGAUUACAUCCGGGCGGCCGAAAAGCUACGGAAGGAGAUCUACAGCUCCGAGGAGCGCGACGAGCGCCUGAUGCGCAUGUACAACGUGCGCAUCAUGCGGGUGGAGUUCUACUUCCUGUCCCAGUACGUGUCGCCGGCUGACUCCCCGUUUCGCCACAUCUUCCUGGGCCGUGGAGACCACACACUGGGCGCUCUACUCGACCACCUCCGGCUGCUGCGCACUGGCAACUCCAGCGACUCGGGAGUGGCGACCGGCCUGGGCUUCCAGGAGAGCCGCUUCAGGCGCCAGCUGGCCCUGCUCACCUGGACGCUGCAGGGGGCAGCCAACGCGCUUAGCGGCGACGUCUGGAACAUCGAUAACAACCUCUGAGGGCAGCCAGCCUUGCUGGGCACCCCUAGUACCCUGCGCCCUGCCGAGAGCUCCUCCUGUCCACUUCAGCGAUGGAGGGGGACAGAAGUGACCCACGCUCGCGGCUGCUGUUGGUUCCUCAUUCACCUCAGUGCAGAAGGGCAUCCAGUCCUGAGAGCAGAGACCAUUCUGGAAAGUUUGCCAGGCCUGGGACCUUCAUGGCUGGCUCUUUGUUUGGCAUGCUGCCCUGAGGGCUGACAGGAGCCCUGUAGUGGGUGGGCCAUGGACUCUGGAUAUCAAUAAACCUCUUGUUGCCAUC